CCUCUAAACAAGUAGGGUUUAUCAGCAAUGGGGCCCAUUCCUUCCGCCAUGUGAGCAUGAGGAGAUCGGCUUCGAGCCUGAGAGCCUCACCUCACCUUCCAAUUGGAUUUGGUUCUACCAUGGCACACGUAUUGGGUCCAAUCCAAAAAUAAAAAGUAUCAAAACUCGAUGGAAGCAAGGUGGUGCUGCACACACAAGCCAACCGAUAGAUACUUCUCUCUAUUUUAGAACCUUCAAAUCGAAGGGGGACAGAGAUACGCAUUUACUCCUGCGGGGACAGGAGUGUGGAGAAUAGAACAGAAAAACGCUUGCUUGUGACAAUCAUUUUUCUUUCCCUAGAUUCUUCGAAGAGCAAGAAAAGAGGAGUCUUUAAGAAUCCUUAUCCUCUCUGUCUUCUGUAUUUCUUCUUUUUUUCUUCCUCUUCCAUGUCAUGACGCAUUCCCAUGCCGAUGGCAACGCCCACUUUAUCAUUUAUUUUCUUCAGUUCUUCGUCCCCCGUGGUACAUCAGCAACAAUUACAACUACCCAUGUUCUAUAUUCUGUUCUUCCUCUUCUCUUUCCUCUCCCUUUGCGUUAUCUUUAUUGCUGCGCGUAGGAGAUUAAAGAGAGCUAGGGAAGAAAUUGAGAAGUCAUCCCCAACAACCAUGCUGUCUGUCUAUGGCUUUCCUCUCCCGGACGGUACAAAUAAACCCCGGCAGCAAGGUGAAACCCAACAGAACCAUCAACUGUUUGUAGAGGUUCUCGGCUCCUGUCCUCCCAAAUGGGCCUCUUUCAUUCCUUCCAUACCUUCUCAUUUGCCCGUUAACGAUGAUGGGAAGGGACGGGAGAACUUGCUUUCUGAUGGGUCGGAGUUAGAUAAGGAUGGUGGCGAUUCCGUUGGUGAAGAUUGUGGCAAAAGUGGGGACCAAAGAGGGAAGAAGAAGAAGAAGAAGAGGACCAAAAAGAAGAAGCAGAAUUCCCUAGCCGACGAUGGUGGCGAAGAAGAGUGUCUUGAGAACCAGGUGCCGCUAACGAAGGGCAAGCAUUGUUUGGACAGUUUAUAUCCGUUCACAUCUUCGUCCAGUGUAACGCAGAGGAAGAUCAAGCGGCAGUAUGAUCAACUGGUCAAGUCUCAUGAUUCUAAGACUUUAACAUUGACUCAGGUUUGUCAAUUUGUGAAUUGCUUGAUUGAAGUGAGAAAUGAAUUGAAGCACAAAUCUGAGAUCAUCCAAAGGAAGUUUACAAUAGCAAAGGCUCUAUUAUUCAAAGCAGAUAGAUCUUCGUUUGACCGUCUUUGUCAACAGUUACACAAACUAGAAGCAGAACAGAAGAGAUUAGAAGAGGAUGCGGUUGUUUACAAUUGGCUCCAACAGCAGAUUAAGCUCUCACCAGCCUACAAGAAGAUGCUUGAAAUUGGUGCCCACAUGGAGUUGAAGGCUGCUUCUGACCAGCUAGUAGAAAGCACGGACGCAGAAUUUGCUUACAUCUCGUUUGAAGAGUUAUUAGCACAAGAAAAGAAAGAUUCAUUUUGGCAAAGAAAUGGAAAGCUGAGAUCAUGUACAAGCUAAUGGCCGUUCAUUUGUCGACUGACGCUCAUCCUGGUUCACUAAGCAGUACAUAUAUCAAAAACCCGAAGCCCAAAGUUUUGUACGGAUGCAGGAUUUUUUGACUGCAUGCGUCCUUUAUGGGUAGCUUUUUUUCAUUUUUUAUUUAUGAGAUCUAUGCCUUGAUAAUAUUUCUUUAGGUUUUCCCGCUGUGACGACAACAUUUUGGCUGCAUAUUGACAUGGCAUGAAAAACCAACCUUCAGAAGAAAACAGGCCAGUCUCAAUUACUACAAUCCCAAUACUAAUAUACCAUGUUCAGAAAUUUGGCAUCUCUCUUUAACAAUGAAGGGGCUGAUUAAAGAGUGGUGGUAAGUCUGGUGACCAAUGCUAAACUCCAAAAGUCAUCACCAACUCUAGACACGGGGUCUUAGAUGACCCCCCAUACUCCAUAGUCUCAGACAGAUGCUGUCUUCUUUUAUUGCUAUUGAGGUUGUGGAAGCUUGACAUUUUUCUUUUUUAUUGAUAAGGCCAUAGGGGACUUAACUUGCCUAUAUAAAAGUGAAUUUGAAAGAUUGUCAUUC